AUGUACAUGAACAGGACAAUAAAUAAUUGUUCUUCGUCGUGUAAUUUAACGUCGGAUUAUGUGACCAUUUAUCAGGUUCCGACUAGUAUUAUUGUUCUCUUAUCAGUUUUAUACGGUUCGAUAUCGGUGAUAGCAGUUGUUGGUAAUUUCAUGGUCGUAUGGAUAGUUGCAUCGUCAAAAUCGAUGCAAAACGUAACAAAUUGUUUUAUAUGUAAUUUAGCAUUGGCGGAUAUUGUUAUUGGAUUUUUUGCCAUACCUUUUGAGGUGAGUCUUGUUUUCAUUAUUACAUUUAUGUCAGCAAAAUCUAAAUUAAAUUUUUUUUUUCUUUUCUUUUCCAUUCUCCUUUUUUCCUUUUUUAUUUUAACCAAAUACUUUCUUUCUUUCUCUCUCUCUCUCUCUCUAUUACUUUUUAUUUUUUCUCUCUCCAUAAAUUUAUUUUCAUUCUAA